CCAAGCAAAACCUUAUUUUCACAAGACCACUAGCUACCAAUCAAUAUCGAUCGAUAUCAUGGUCCACCAUUUUCGUGUUUUUCUGUAUACCAUCAUUAUAAUAGAAAAGCAAACCUUUUGGGCAUCGAAUUCCAUAUGGCAUAUAAUAAAUCUCAAUACCUGGCUAUAAUUCCUUUUGGUAAGUCACAUACAAUGGAGAUAUUUCAAGAUCUCCAAUUCUUGAUCAUUGUCACUGCUGCAUUGCUCCACUCAUGUAGCAGCAGCAGUAGUAGUGCUCUUUGCUUUAACCCCUUUCUCCACGAGCACAACUCUUCUCUGGCAGAUCAGGUAAAAGCUAUGGCAAAUUCGGCGGAGACGAAGAAAUGGAUGGUGCAGAUAAGAAGAGAGAUUCACAGGAAUCCAGAACUUGCUUUCCAAGAAUUUGCGACAAGCUCUCUCAUCAGAGCUGAGCUGGACAGAAUGGGGAUUCCAUAUCGCUGGCCGGCGGCGCGCACCGGUGUCGUCGCCGCCAUAGGUUCAGGUUCUCCUCCGUUUGUGGCGCUUAGAGCAGACAUGGAUGCUCUGCCAAUUCAGGAAUUGAGAGAAUGGGAGCACAAGAGCCAAGUGAAGGGCAAGAUGCACGCGUGCGGGCACGACGCCCACACAGCAAUGCUUCUGGGCGCUGCGGCGAUUCUGCAGCAACUCCGCAGCUACUUGCAGGGAACCGUGGUUCUGAUAUUCCAACCGGCAGAGGAGAGCGGCGAGGGCGCCAAGGAGAUGGUGAGAGAGGGCGCGGUGGAGAACGUGAGCGCCAUACUAGGGCUGCACACCGUCCACGGGUAUCCGCUUGGCGCCGUGGCGUCGCGCCCCGGGAAGUUUCUGGCCGGCUGUGGAAGCUUCAAGGCCGUCAUCGGAGGCCAUGCAGAUGCCAUUUUGGCUGCUUCCACUUCCAUUAUCAGUCUGCAGAAUAUUGUGUCCAGAGAGACUGACCCUUUGGACUCUCAGGUGGUUUCUGUGACUAUGGUGCACGCGGGAAAUGCAACCAAUGUAGCCACCAUUGGAGGAACCUUCAGGGCAUUUGGCAGAAAGAGCCUCUAUGCACUUAGGAAAAGAAUUGAAGAGCUAGGUUAUAAAAGGUCAGGCUGCGGUGCACCGGUGCUGGGCGGCCGUGGAAUUCGAGGGAGAAGAGCAUCCGACGCUUCCACCGACCAUAAACAAGGAGGAAAUAUACCAACAUGUGAAGCAAGUUUCAUGGAUGGUUGUGGGAGAAGAGAACACAAUUGUAGCUCCAGCAUUUAUGGGGAGUGAAGAUUUUGCAGUAUACUUAGAGAAAAUAGGUGGAUCCUUCUUGCUGUUGGGGGUUGGAAAUGAAAAGGCAGGAUCUGUUUACCCUCCUCACAGUCCUUACUACACAAUUCAUGAAGAUGUUCUUCCCAUUGGAGCAUCAAUCCAUGCACUUUUUGCCAUUUCUUAUCUGCUCAAUCUAACUGGCUCUUGCCAAUUAGUAUUAUGACACAUAUAUCUUCAAUUGCUGAUUUCAAUUAUGAAUAAAUAAUUGCAUGCAUGCUUGCAUAAAAUAA